AUGGAACUUCAAGAAGCCGUAAUAGUUAGCGGAGCAAGGACGGCCGUGGGCAGGUUCGGAGGCGCGUUCAAGGAUGUCGCAGCGCCCGAUCUGGGCGCAGAGGCGAUCAAAGCUGCGCUGGAGCGCGCAGGGAUCAGACCCGAGCAGGUCGAAGAGGUCGUGAUGGGCAACGCAUUGCAGGCGACCGAAGCCGGCUACGCCGCAAGGCUGUCCUCGCUCAAGGCAGGUAUCCCGCAGGAGACACCUACGAUCGCCAUCAAUCGCCAGUGCUCAUCCGGGCUGGAAGCCAUCAACAUGGCGGCACAGCUCGUCCGCACGGGCGAGGUUGACAUCGCAGUCGCCGGCGGCAUGGAGACAUGA